UAAAGCGUUCGAUUCAUUGAUUCCAACAUACACAAUUUUUACCGGUUAAUCGAAUAUUAAUAUAAGAAUUGUGUUUGUAUUUUUUUGUUCAACUUGAAUUUCUCGAUCAAUGGCUAAAAAACGAAAUAGAUCUUCCGACGAUGAUUCUUCUUCAGCAUCAUCAUCAUCUUCGUCAUCUUCAUCUGAUGAGGAUAAAAUUGUCGAAGCUCGUAAGAAAAAUGUGAAAAGUGUUUCAAAAAUCAUACCCACAGAUUCAUCAAGCAGUUCGGAUGAUGGUGAUGAUGGUGAAUGGAAUGCUAAACCGAAAAGUAAAACAAAAUCGAAACGUAAUAAAAUGUCGUCAAAAAAACAACCAACUAAAGUGGUUAAAAAGAAAUUGAAAACAGCUUCAAGUGCUAGUGAUGAUAGUAAUGAUGAUGAUAAUAAUAAUAAUAAUGAUAUUGAUGAUGAUUAUGAUAUGAAGAAAAAUAGUUCCGAAGAAAAAGAAGAAGGUGAAGUUGAUUUCAGUGAUGAUGAAAAUGAAGAAUUCAACGAUGGUUUUGAUGAAAAUCUUAUGGGCGAUGAAGAAGAUCAAAGAAAAUUAGCCCAAAUGACUGAAAAAGAACGUGAACAAGAACUAUUCAAUCGUAGUGAAAAACGUGAAGUAUUACGUACAAGAUUUGAAAUUGAACGUAAAUUACGAUUAGCCAAAAAACAAGAAAUGAAGAAAAAAGCUAAUGAAAAACAAAAUGAUAAAAAUUUUGAUUCAGCAUUCACCGAAUCAGCAUCACGUAGUAUUGAACGAAGAAGAAAUAUGGAAGAUAAACGUAAAGUUAAAGAUGCUAUGAAAGGAUUAAAAGCUGAACGAGAAAAAAAGAAAGAAAAAUUAAAACAAAAACUGAAAGCUACCGAUGUUUAUUCGGAUUCAUCCGAUUCAGAUGAUUCAAAUUCUGAUGUAAGAAUAUCGAAAAAAGAUCGUAAAAAAUCAUCAUCAUCAGAAGAUUUUUCAUCCUCUUCAUCAAUAUCGGAUGAUAGUGAUGUCGAUACAAAAACAAAAUCGAAUAAACGAGAUAAAGAUGAUUGGGAUAAUGAACAAUCUGCCGAUCAUAUCGAAGAUAUUGAACAAUUUGAUUUCACAAUUGAACAUUUAAAUUCAAUACGUAUAUCACGAUUUAAAAUGGAAAAAUGGUGUCAUGCACCAUUCUUUCGUGAUACUGUUAUGCAUGCAUUUGUUCGAAUCGGUGUCGGUAAUAGCUCAUUAUCACAAUAUAUUGUUGGUCAAAUUGUUGAUAUUGUCGAAACGGCCAAAAUUUAUACAUUGGGUAAAACUCGAACAAACAAAGGAAUCAAAUUGAAACAUGCAAAUGAUGCUGAAAAAGUAUUUCGAUUAGAAUAUGUAUCGAAUUCUGAAUUCACUGAGAGUGAAUUUCAACAAUGGCAUUUGAAAAUGAUUGCAGAUAAAUGUGACUUUCCAACCAAAGAUCAGGUCGAACGUAAAAAAGCUGAUAUACAAAAAGCAAUCAACUAUAAUUAUAGUAAUGAAGAUAUCGAAUUGAUCGUGGCUGAAAAAGAACGGUUCAAAAAUAAGCCAACCAAUUUUGCAAUGAAAAAGACUCAAUUGAUGAAAGAUAAAGAAUUUGCUGAAAUGAAUGGUGAUCACGACAAAGCGAUAGAAAUCAGCAAAGAAAUCGACAAACUUGAAGAGGAAUCGAAGAAAUUAGACAAAAAACGUACACAAAGUAUAGCUUCGAUUUCAUUUAUUAAUGAACGUAACCGAAUGCGUAAUAUUAAAGAAGCUGAACGUGCUAUUGCUGAAUCAGCUAAAGAAGCUCAAAAUCAGAAAGAUGAUCCAUUCACAAGGCGUAAAUGUGCUCCUACAAUGAUCCAUGUAUUUAAUAAGAACAAACAAUCACAAUCACAACCUAAUGAGACGAAUGAACAAUCAUCUAAAGAAACGGACAGUCAAAAAUCUUCAAAAAAUUCAGCAGAAUCCAAUGAAAAUAAUGAUACGCUUGAUUCAAUCAAUACAAAUAAAAACACUGCUUCAUCUGGACUAAGUCAGAAUAAUCACAGCAAAUCAACGAAUAGUUCCAGCCAAAAUGAUAAAGAUAAUACCGACAUGUUUAGUGUCCAUGAUUUUGAUAUCAAAAUUGAUUUCGAAACUCUCGAUUUUGGACUUAACAAUAAUAACUCAUCAUCGAUAUCGAGCCAGAAUUCUUCGUUAUUAUUUUCCGGACUUUCCAAUAGUAAACCGAAUGGAUUUUCUGUCGCUCGUUCCAAUCCAUUACCGAAUUCUGGAACAAAUCGUCGUUCAUUGAAUCUAGAUGAAUAUAAGAAGAAAAAAGGCUUAAUUUGAUCUGUAUUCUAAUCGAUUCAUGACCCCAUCCAUUUUUUUUGUAAUCUGUAUCAUCGAUUAAUUUUAGGCCAUUUUAUUUUGUUCGUAAUUCUAUCCAUGUAAAAUUCUCAACCUUUCCCGAUCAAGUAGGGAUUUUAAUGAUUUUUAAAUAAAAUUUUUGAAAUUAUUGA